UGGCUUGCAGCCGCCGUGUCUCCUCCCUCGCAGGGCGAAGAAGGGAAGCCAGGGCGGCCCUUCCAGGAAGAGGACCUGGGGAAGAAGCAGAAGAGAGCCGCGGGUGCCCUCCGAGCGCUCCCCUCCUUUCGCUCCCUCCCCGGGCUCUGGGUGGGAGUUACUCCGGAUGGAGGCGCCCGUGUGAACAGGUUGGCUUGGAAGGAGGUAGAAGUGGAAAUGUCCAGAGGAGGAGCAGCACAUGGAACCUCCAACAUUCAGGACCGGGGAUGGGCCUGGAUGGUCUUGUUGGCCACUGUGCUGCUUCAGGGGCUAACGCUGAGCUUCCCCUCUUGCACUGGGGUCUUCUUCACAGACCUGCAGCGUGAGUUCCAAGCCACCAACAGUGAGACGUCAUGGUUCCCGUCCAUCAUGACGGCAGUGCUGCAUGCAGGUGGGCCCCUCUGCAGCAUCUUGGUGGAGCGAUUUGGCUGCAGGUUCACUGUGAUGCUUGGUGGCCUACUCAGUGGAGUGGGCAUGGUUGCCAGCUCCUUCUCCAAAUCCAUCAGCCAGCUCUACAUAACAGCCGGCUUCAUUACUGGCCUAGGAUUCUGUUUUGGCUUCCAGGCGGGAGUGACUGUGCUGGGCUACUACUUUGUGCGCCGACGGGCUUUGGCCAAUGCCCUAGCAUCGACCGGUGCCUCUAUCGGCCUCACGCUGUGGCCGUUGAUCUCUCAGUACUUGCUGGAUGAGAUGGGCUGGAGGAACUCUUUCCUCAUCUUUGGCGGGGUGCUGUUGAACGCUUGUGUCUGUGGGGCCGUGAUGAGGCCAGUCCAGCUUGGGCCUCCCAGGUCAUCGCUGCAGCCCAGCCCUGGACAGGAGGCAAUCAACUCAGCUGAAGAUGCACAGCUAUCCAACGGAGCCACCCCUCAUCAGGUGGCACCCCCGCAGCAGGCCAAGUUCGCUGCUUGCAAGCGGACGCUGCAGAAGUACCUGGCUUUUGAUAUCUUCUGCAAAAACAAAGGUUACCAGAUUUACACCAUUGGUGUGGCCUGGAUGGUGAUGGGCUUCGUGCUGCCCCUCAUCUACCUGGUGCCCUAUGCCAUCCGGAAUGGGGUGGAGGAGCGCAAGGCCGCCCUCCUUAUCUCCGUUAUUGGCUUCAUUAACAUCUUCAUGCGCCCCAUGGCUGGGCUGCUCGCAGGACUCAAUAUCUUCACCGGGAAGCGGAUUUACCUGUUCAGCCUGGCCGUGCUGCUCAACGGUCUCAGCAAUCUCAUCUGCGUCAUCUCAGCCGACUUCAGCGUGCUCAUCCUCUACUGCCUCAUCUACAGCAUGUCCAUGAGUGGCAUUGGGGCGCUGAUCUUCCAGGUGCUGAUGGAUGUGGUGGAGAUGGACAGGUUCUCAAGUGCCUUAGGCCUCUUCACCAUCCUGGAGAGCAUCACCAUCCUCCUCGGACCCCCACUCGCAGGUCUUCUGGUGGAUAUAACUGGCCACUUCAGUUAUGUCUUCUAUGCCUCCAGCUUCUUCAUGGUGUCAGCUGCGCUCUUCAUGGGUCUCAGCUUCUGUGCUUUGGACAGAAAGAAGAAACCGAAAGAGGCUCUGAAGCCAACCUCCAAUAGCCCCUCCAGAUACCAAUACACUGAAGUGCCAACUAACCCAGAGCUUGAAAAACAAGCCCCACCUGCCAUCAUGUACAUCACAAGCAUCUGAACGAAGAGGAACCCUUAGAAUUCUGUGGCCCACACAACCACAACAUGUAGUGUAACUGGAGGCAGAUGGGGGGAAAUGCCUGCUUUCCACAAUAACACAUCUGCCUCCUGCAGUGAGUAUCUACUCAGCAGCGCUGCCUCAGAUUCCAGAUGGACACUCCAGAUCAGAGGCAGCGCCCAAAGCCUUGCAACAGCCAGAAAGCCAAAGAACAAGGAGCACUUCUUAUACCUGGUGCAAGCCCAUAAGGCAAGGACAGUAGUUCUGUGACUUAACGUGUGUGUUACUUUAAGCUAAUAGAAUUAAAUUGACAGUGACUUUUUUUUUUUAAUAAAAAGGCUGUACAUUUUUUUAUAUAUUUCAGUUUUUAAGACUGGAAAGAUUUAUUAGGUCAUGCACUACAAUGAUUCCUGACACAGCGACAUCAGUCACUCCUGGAAGAGUUAAAAUACCACUGAAUCGCCUUGUCUGAACAUGCCAACCUAGCAAAGACUAACUUUGCAGUGAAGUCAUCUGGUUGCCUCCCGGGGGGGGGGGCAGGGAAAUCCCCUUUCCUGGGGGAUAUGUUGCUGCUUUCUCCCCUGUCCCCGGAUAUUGAAUGGACUAUUACACAGGUUGUAGAACCUAGGGCUCGUGCCUGCUAUCAGUUGUGUCUAGGCCAAAUGAAUAUUUUACACACUAGUAACCAAAUUAUUCCUGCAUUUCAACGGCAUUUUCAGGAAAACAAAGGUUCAGAUCCAAAGCCCCAAUAAAACUGGACUCAAAGUGCCCACAUUUUAUAGCCUGUGCCACGAUGUCUUAAGCUCUCUCCUCUCCACCUAUACCAAGGUGUGCUGCAAGAAAGAAUCUGAGAGUACACGGCCAGUGUAAAUGCACUAAGAAACAGGGCAAAUGAGUGGCAAAUAUAGGAAUGGACAUUUUUUCUUUCCAGCACUAGUCCAGGACCAGUACUUUGAAAAAUGUACCAGGCCUGAAAGCAAUUGCACUAGUCCAGACAUAGGACCAAGUUCAGAGUCAGGGUAAGCUAGACUCUUACACUCAGAGGGCUAGAUCCUCAUCUUAUGUAAAUAGGGGUAGCUCCUCAUCCUGACCUCAGACUUCAUUGCACCCAUUUUCCCAGUAUAAAAGGGAGUCUACGCUGGUGCAUUUACAUGCCAAAGAGUCAGAAGAAACUGGGGCGCGGAGGUGUGGGAGAAAUUUAGCUUUACUUACACACUCCUGUUAGUGGUCUUUCUUGCUACAUUCCUUUUUUGUGGCUUUAGCAUGCAAGUUAUACCAGCUUGAACUCCCUUUGGUCCCUUAAUGAAACAAAUUCAGAGAUGAGGGGUAAGCUAAAUGUGAGUAUAAGUUACAUGUUGGUAAAUGGGUUGUCCCUAUAUAAAUGGCAAGGAGUCUAAAGGACAUCUAAGACGGUGUAACAUGGAAGAAGCUAUCAUUUUGGCAGCUUAGACUCUUCUCUGGAUGUGGACCAAGAUACCAGCUAUCAUAAUGUACAUAAAAUACAUUUUUGCUUUUAUUCUGCUUCAGUUCUGAAAUGACUAACAGCAGAUCUCUCACAGAACAUUGGAGGUGGAGAUUAAGGUUUUAAACCCUUUGAAAGAUGGAAGCUUAAGAUGCUUUCAGAAAGCAGAAGCAUUGGUUUCUAGCUUUAGUGGUUGCCAAGAUAACAGAUACUGAAGUAGUGUCACAAUUCUAAUGAAAAAAAACAGCUGCUACUUAGAAUGAUCUGAUUAUGAAGUCCCAACCUGACGAGCCUAGAAACAAAUGCAUUAAACCACUAGAAAGCUGAGCCUCCAGACUAUAAAUGCAUUCAUAUCUAACCAUUAUGGUUUGCGAGGAUCCCAGAAUCUAGCAGUGCCUCUUUUGACAACGGUCCAACACACUUUUCCUUCGUCAAAUAUAUCCUUAAAUAAGAUUACAGUUGGGAGAUGUUUAUAUGCAGCUAUGUGCUUUUAAAGAAAUGUCUUCUCUCUAAUCAUAUGUAUUUAGUAACUUGUGUAAAGCUUAUGUGGCCAGCAACCAUAAAGCAAACAGCUGGGACUGUCGUCACUCAGUUUGGUUAUACACAAGCACUCUUUGAUCCUUAAGGAAACGUACAGUUUUUCUCUUGCAUCAGAACAAAACCAAUAAGAAGGGUGUGGGUCUCAGACCUGUUCUAGCUUUUAUGAAUAAAGGAGCUAGGCAGCAGCAUGUGUGGAGGUUUGUUUUUUUUACAUGAUCCCUAAAUUUUAAAUUCAGUUCAGUGAUUUGUGUUUCCUGCCACUCCUUCCUA